ACAGAAGUACGAAAAUUAUUUUCAAUAUGGCGGCAGGACUUGAAUGAAGAACUGAAUUUUCUGUUGUUUAUUCGCUUUAUUAAAUAGUUCUAAAGCAUAAAUAUGCGUCGUUCGAGAGGCCCAAGCUCAGUUUCGUCAGUAGCUUCGAGUUCCAGUGGAGGUGGAUCUAACGUAGCCUCAAAUUCUUCUAGUUCAAACAACACUGCUGUUCCUUCGUUGUUGAAAGAGCUACACUCGUUAGUGCAACAGAUUCAGGAGGAAAGAAAUCGUAGUGAACACAACAUCAAUAACAUUGCAAAAACUCAUGAGAAGAUGAAGACAGAGGGAAAAGUGUCUUCUUACUUCAAAACUAAACUACGGGGUUUGUACAAGACUGCGACAUCUGAUGCUGAGGCAGAAGCAGAUAUUAUCAGAAAGGCACUUGACAAGAUUGCUAUUAUCAAGGCCCUCAGAAAUGACAGGAGAAUAGGACGUAGUGGAGUGAGUAGAAAUCAAGAGUCUGGAGAACCGAGAAAGGCAAUGCGACGUGGAGUGCUAAUGACGAUGCUUCAACAAGCUGCUUCUCACCUACCCAUGAUGAUCGGCAAGGCAUCAGAGAGUUCUCCACCAUUAUGUGGUGCUGUGCAAGCAGAUAGUAACUAUAUUGCUCAACCUGGAGACCAUGUGGCAGCGCGUGUCAAGACUUCAGAUGGCGAAGAACAAUGGAUAUUGGCAGAAAUCGUUUCAUUUAAUACUUCAACUAAUAAAUAUGAUGUUGAUGACAUCGAUGAAGAGGGUAAAAAUGGAAAAGAGCGUCACCACCUCAGCCGUCGUCGUGUUGUUCCACUACCCAAGCAGAAAGCAAACCCACUCACUCAUCCCAAUGCCUUAUUCCAGAAAGACCAGGUGGUAAUGGCGCUGUAUCCUCAGACAACGUGUUUCUACAAAGCUGUUAUCCACGAACCGCCAGCCAGGCCACAGGAUGACUAUUUGGUGUCAUUUGAAGACACGUCGUAUGCUGAUGGCUUUGCUCCUCCACUACAUGUACCACAACGAUAUGUGGUAAUCAUGAAGGACAACAAGAGAAGAUGAGUCUCCAUACUCUAACAAGAUGUACUUCAGGCUUUGGACAGCCUGCUGCAUAGCAGCCAAAAGGAGUGUGGGGUUGCUUAUCCCCCACUCCAAUGUUCCUUUGGUGCGCAUUACCCAGGAAAUGCAUGCCUGCACAAUAUUUAUUCAUUAAAACUGUAUCAAUAAAAAUUAUUAAAACAAA